AUGAGCUCUCGUGACAAAAAGGGCAAGGAAAAAGACAAGUUUGAACUUCCAAAUUUUUUUUUUCACGUUUACUAACUUUCAGAAAGUCUACAAAGCGAAGCGAUAAGAAAAAUUUGGAAGACAAGAAGAAGAAAAAAGAAAAAGAGGCGGUUGUCGAGACCUAUUAUGAGGUUAACAGACUUAUACGUUAUUUCUCGAAACUUCUGCAUACUCAGGACGAUUUUGAGGAUGAGACCGAGGAAAUUGUGGAAAAACUUCCAGAAAGUACGACCAGUUAUGCUUCUCCCUCUUCAGAUAGCUUUUCACAAAAAGUUGAAGAAUUUUCUAAGGAAAAUACUCUGGAAAUUGUGGGUCAACCUCAGGUAAAUUAUGUUAACUUUAAAACAAAAUAUUUGAAAUUGAGACGGCGGAAUAUGAGAGCGAAAUUUCGAAACGGGUCAGUAAACGACAGCUACAACAGGAAAAUCAUAAGCCUUUUGUGGUCUGUUUUUUGAACUAAUAUAAUAUACAGGACGAAAGUUUAUUGAGUGUUCUCUGAAGAAAACACAUAUUCAAAGCUCGUUUACAGCCUUCUAGACAGGCAGCCAUCAGCCUGACCGAUUCACAAACCCCUCAGUUUGAGUCGAGAAGCCGUGCUAAUGAUCGCCUCAACAAGCUAAAAUCAUUCAUCAGCAAGUGUAAUCAAAGUUGUUUUGAGUAAAAACUUCUUACAGACGUCGAAAUAACGAGAUGCCAAGUUCUGGACAACCCCAACCAUAUGCUAGAGAAAAUGCACGCAGCCGCGCCGAACGUCUCCCACGUAGGCGAUGAGCAAGCACCGCGACUAUUUCGGCGUUUCAGGCCUACGCUCAGACUGGGAACGAGGAUUUGAGCGAAGAAGUUCAGACGGAGACGAGGAAGACCGAGUCGGUCGCCACACAAUGCCCAGCCGCCGAUCCGCCAGCACCGUCGACGUCUCUCGACCGGUCUCGACUCAGCAACUUUCUUUUCGCUGCAGCUCGAGUAGGUGCAUUUCGCUUAGGUUAAAUCCGAUUCUAUAAAUAAGGCUGUGCUGAUGUUCCUUCAAAAACUAUAUAGCAAUAUAACAAAGAAAUUAGCUACAAAAAUUGAAAUAGAAAAAAAGUUGUGCAGGAGAACAGAUGUGGAAUAAAUAUAAAAAAAAACUUCUCGCAGUGUCCGAAAGUGCGUUUCUAAAAAAGUUCUUGAGAAUCUUUAUGAGAAUGGCUUGAAGUGGGUUUUUUCGCUAGGUGUUAGACGAAGUCCUGGGAAGUACCGCCGAUUUCGAAGAAACAGAGAUGCGCGAAAAGAGCGAGCUAAACUUCAGCAUUGGGUUCAACCUUCUGCAACUGGGAGCAGUCGCCAAAAGUCAGCGAGUAUUUCCUUCGGCCUUUUUAAUCCGAACUGUUCAAGCUAGCAAGGCUACCUGUGUCUUCAAGGGCGACAAUGACACCCUUUACGUUUCAUUCGAAAUUUUCGAAUCACUGGCCCAAGACCUUACAAACAAUGGGCUCGUUGUAGAGUUUCCUGUCCACGGCAUGAGACCUCCUUCAAAGUAAGGACAUCUAGAACGAACAGCACAGCAAAAUUUAGUUCAGAUUAUUCGUCGUGCAAGAUGCAGUUAUGAGCAUCACCAAGAGCACCCGAUCUACAGCCCUUUUUGUCGCCUUGGUUUUUAUUUCAGUUUUCGAACCUUUUCUAAACUUUUCAUUGAUACAAUCAUAUUUGUUAUGAAGAAAUUUUUCAGCGUGAUGGAACUUUCUGUGCUUUCGACCUUCUAGCUGCGGAAUCUACCUUCGAUGACACACUUCCCUGGCCUGGUUCUUUGAAGUUCAUUUCUAUGAUUUCAAAAGGAUUUCUCAGACAGCGACGAUGAUGUCGUGCUGCGAAGACCUUCUUUUGAUUCGUCAUUUUUGGCUCCGACAAUCGCAGAUGCCUCUCCGCUCGUAUCCAUCAAGCUCUGCCAUCACACGUCAGUCUGAACGAACCUUUCGUACUCUUUUCUUCUCAGAAACGAAGAAGAACUGUGUACAUUGGACGCUCGUGGUACAUUAUCUUUUUGGUUAGUGAUGAGAAGAAACGAUGAAAUAAAACUGAAUCUUUCUGCCGUCAUACGUCCGCAUCCCCAUCUUUAUCGGUAGGAGAUCCAUUUGCGAAGCUUCUUCAAUGAAAAUCGUUCAGAAGUUCCCCAUCUUUCAUAGUUAACUGUCUGACGAUCGCACAAAGACCUCUUCGAUUUUUCAUGGGUAACCUGAAAUUUAUGAUUAUCUUUGAGUCGUCCUACAGGUACGGAUACUGGAAUAAUGUACAGCGUGUCUCGCGCAGAAGCGUCCAAUGUAGGUCCAAGGACGUAUAGGACAAACGCGGGUAUUUUGUCUGACAAAAACUUCAGGAGGGUUCAUCAUUUUCAGAACUCAACGGAGAAGUCACUUGUAUGAAGAUCUCCCCGUUCGAUUCAUCUAUCAUUUUGGUAAAGCUCUAUCUAGGUUUAAAAAGAGCCGUAAUUGGGAACAGAUAGGACUAUCCAUCGGAAAGCUCGCAAUUUACAAGAUUGGAAAACAAUCUCCAAUUGUGACCCUGGGAAAAGAAGAUUCUAGCAGAGCCGUCACUCAAGUGGAAUGGAGCCCAGCGUAACGUUUUUCGCAUUUUUCCUAUUAACGAAGUGGAAGUACAGCUGUUCAACAUUAUUUUAUUCGAUUCACAACGGAAAGCUGAUUUUCACUUGGGAUUUGUCAGUAGGCACGACGGCCCUCUAUCAGGACAUACAAGAAGUUUGAUAUACACGAAUCAAAAUCAACCGUAAGAAUUACAGAAAUACGGGAAAAUUGUAGACGCGUGCACGUGGAGCAGCGACGUCGGGAAAAGUGGCAGCCGCUUCUGUUACAUGGUAAGUCAGUCAUACUUCGUAACGAGAUAAUGGAAAUCAUCAGGCGAUUGCAACAGACAAAGGAAACGCGGAGAUUCAUGCGCUAGAGAGCAUCAACAAAAAAACAGGCAUCGACUCACUCACGUCUGUUUUGCGCAAAUACGCAACUUAUUGA